CGUCGAUCACGGCAUCCUUUAGCAUACGCCAACUCAAAGAACGUGGAAAUCGAUGGCCUGACCUCCAUAAACAGCCAGAAGUUCCACAUUGGCGUCACCGGCUGCCAAAACGUGAACCUCCGCGACAUCACCGUCGCCGCCCUAGGAACCAGCCCCAACACCGACGGCAUCCACAUCGAGAAGUCCACCUUCGUCUCCGUCCUCAACUCCACUAUAUCCACGGGCGACGACUGCAUCUCCAUGGGCCCGGGGGCCCGCAACGUCUGGAUCGAGCGGGUGGCAUGUGGGCCGGGCCACGGCAUCAGCAUCGGGAGCUUGGGCUGGAAGUUUCAGGAGCCCGGUGUCCAGAACGUCACCGUUAAGAGAGUCCACUUCACGGAGACGACUAACGGCCUCCGGAUCAAGACGUGGGCCCGCCGCAGCUUGGGCUUCGUUAGGAACGUUCUUUUCCAUCACGUCGUCCUCGACGGCGUCAAGAACCCAAUCCUCAUCGACCAGAACUACUGCCCGGGACGCCGUAACUGUCCCCGUCAAGCCUCCGGGAUCAAGGUCAGUGACAUCAGGUACAAGAGCAUACGUGGCACGUCGCGGAGCAAGGUCGCCGUGAGGUUCGAGUGCAGCAAGGCAAACCCCUGCGCUGGGAUUACGAUGCAUGACGUGAAGCUUACUUACGUCGGCGGUGGCCGUGGUGAGGAGGCGACGGCCACGUGUGCGAAUGCGAGGGGUACUUCGUCGGGCUUUGUUAUGCCGGUAGUCCGGUAUUUGUAG